GCGAGAAGAGGAGGAAAGGAGAAGAAAACAACUUGAAGAAGAAGCAAGAAUUAAAGCUGAAAUGGAAGCCGAAAGGCGAAGGGCAGAAGAGGAAGAAAUGAAACGGAGGGAACUUGAAAAAGCGAAACAGAAAGAAAUCGAGGAACAAUUAAGGAAAGAGGAAGAAGAGGCAAAAUCUCGACAAGCUGCUCUUGAACAAGAGAGAUUAGAUCACGAACUGGCCUUGCGUUUGGCAAAGGAAUCCAACUCGAAUGUAGAACCCAUGGAGGAACAAAAAGCUAUUAUAAGAGCGGCUUCCUUGAAAGAUCCGAAUAAGAAAUAUGACCUGAGUAAAUGGAAAUACGCUGAGUUAAGAGACACCAUCAACACCUCGUGCGAUGUCGAGUUAUUAGAAGCUUGUAAACAAGAGUUCCAUCGCCGCCUUAAGGUUUAUCAUCAGUGGAAAAAUAAAAAUAAGGCAUCGAAGUCGACGGGUCAAAGUGCUGGUGAUCAAAGAGCACCUCAAGAGGUCGUGGAAGAAGCUGCAAGUCACGCAAGCGUUAGUAAGCCAACUUCCAGACUUCCCCCGCGUCGACCACAGCGAUAUUUCCGCGUUCCCUUUGUGAAGCCCGGUGACGAGUAUCGUGACAACGACUUCAAGAAGCGCGGGUACUGGUUCGCCCAUUUUGACGGGCAAUGGAUAGCCCGCCAGCUGGAGAUACACCCGAACGGAGUGAACGUUGUCCUGGUCGCGGGCACAGAUGAUCUUGAUAUGUGUGAGCUGAGUCUGGAUGAAACAGGUCUGACUCGCAAACGUGGCGCUGAAAUAACAAAACGUGAAUUUGAAUUUAGUUGUCAGAAAUGUGGGUGCAAAUCAGACGCUUAUAAACAACCGACUUUUGAAUGA